CAAAGCCUCAGUGGGAUGCUUUCUUUCAGUGUUUAAAGAAAUGUUGACCCGGAAUCUUAGUUAACUUAAAAUGCUGUCAGAGUCAAGAGAAUAAAGCAAGGCAUCGUGGGUGUCUAACUGCAGGAUCCAUAUAAACAAGAUGAAUUUAAUUGGGAAGAGGAGACGGAAUGGCAGUGAAGAAGAUGGCCACAUCCCACAGACAAAGCGUAGUACCAGAAAUGCUGUUCUUCAGGACUCCUGGGACACUGAGAAGGUGCCUGUAACGAAAAACUGUAAGGAAAGCAGGAUAAACGAAAACAAAGUGUCCUGUGCGUCCUCCAGCAGCGAUAGCAGCAGCAGUUGCAGUAGCAGUAGUAUCAACAGCCCUGACAGAGGAAGCGGUCCAGAAACCAGCUUAAACCAGAUACUUGCAGCAUCCAGUCCUGUCACCCCCCCAUCCUUCCAUGAGCAGUCUGCACUAAGUCAAGGUCCUUACUUCCACAUCAACCAGAUCCUGAAGGAGGCACACUUUCACAGCUUACAGAACCGUGGACGCCCUCCUACAUGAUGAACCAGCAGUUCCUUGCCUUCUGUGAAGGGACAGCACUGUGUAGAUUUGAUAUUUCAACUUAAAAGUUUGUUAAAAUUGCACAAAACGCCUGUUGCCUUUUCAGUCUAUAUUUGAAAUAACAGGUUAACAGGAAAUUGUUUACUUGUGGUUUGCUGCACUAUUGCAAUGCAAAAGGGGCUUUGAAGCAAUUUUUAUAGGAUUAUUUUUGGGGUGGGUGUCAAAUACAUGUACAAUGAGUCCGAGGAACCCACAUCUGUAUUAUAGGCGUGCAUAAUGAGUCCAAUUCAGAUUGACUGCCUAAUCUGUUAGUUAGCAACUGUUGCUUUAUGUAAAGUCCUUUCAAACGUUCAUCUUCAGUUUUAUAAAUCUUUUUUAAUUUCAAUAAACUAGUAACCUAG